AAUCCUUUUCUUAUCUACUUUGGCAGAAAUCCAAAUUUCGUGUGGAGUAAUGACCACGAUAUCGUUAUGUGUCGAGAGGUUCUUCAGAUCGAGCCCUACCAAUUUAAAAUCAGAAGUCCAGAAAGGGGGCAGGCCUGGGAAUCUUUGGCAGAAAAGUUAAACGAAAAUUCAUGUCCAAAGUUUCGGGUGACUGCAAGGUCCGUACGAGACCGCCACAACCUCCUUACCAAGAAAAUGGCUGCAAAACUAAAUAGUGAAGAGAAAGCUAGCGGCAUUCAAGUUGAAACUUCAGAGCUUGAUGAUCUCUUAGAAGAAAUCCUUGAGAAGGAAAAAGCUGCUAAAGAAAAGUUGGAGAGUGACAACCAGAAUGACAAGGCAGCAGCCGAAGACAUGCGAAAGAAGGCUCUAGAACGUAUGGGGCAAACUGCGAAAAGAAAAAAGGAAAGUGAUGACUCAGUACCAAAGAAUCUGAAGAAGAAAAGUCGAAGGAGCACAUCAGAUGCUGUGGAAUAUUUAAAAGAAAGGGCGGAUAAAGAGAUUGGUUUGAAAGAACAAGAACUGGAAUUAAGGAAGAAAGAGCAGGAGAACAUAAAAGAAAGGGAGAGGGAAAAGAACCAGAAUCAAGAAAACCUGAUCUCCGCCAUGGUCAAACAACAGCAGCAGCAACAGCAAAUGAUGAUGAUGAUGAUUAAUCAACAGCAGCAACAGUCACAGGCAUUUUUAGCUUUUAUGCAAAAAUAUGUUCCAAAGUAA